AUGUCACCUAAAGAAAAAGAAACACUUAAGCUUCCGAAGGAGAAAGAUGUGGAGCAGAAGGAAAGUAACAGUAAAAAGAAUAUAGAGCUUCCUGAGGACGAAUUGAGUGAAGAGGAUGCCGCUUUGAAGGGUGAACUGGAAAUGCUGGUAGAACGUCUUCAAGAAGACAAGAUAGAGCUAUAUCAACCCAGUAUAGAUUCUUUGAAGAAGUUCAUCAAAGAAAGUACUUCCUCAAUGACUGCUGUUCCAAAACCUCUGAAGUUUUUGCGAUCACACUACGACGCUCUGAUAUCAGUUUAUGACAAGUGGGAGGAUAAGACGUUGAAGGCUGAACUUGCUGACGUUCUCUCCAUGAUUGGUAUGACCUACAAUGAAAGUGACAAUAAGGAUGGCGUUGAAACAUAUAAAAGGGAAUCUUUGAAAUGGAGAUUAUUAGGAAAUCUCAAGAGCCUCAAUGAAUGGGGUCAUGAGUACCUGCGUCAUUUGUCGCUGGAGAUUGGUGAGCAAUACCAAGAGGACUUAGAAUUCAGUAAGGAAAAAGAUGAAAAACUGUUUAGUUUGGCUUUGGAGAUUGUGCCAGAGUUCCUCAAGCACAAUGCCGAGACAGAGGCUGUUGAUCUCUUGUUAGAGUUGGAAUCAAUAGAUAAAUUGCCACAGUUCGUUGACAAGGAUACUUUCGAACGUGUUUGUUUAUAUCUCGUCAGCUGUGUUCCUUUGUUGGCACCUCCAGACGAUUUGAGUUUCUUGAAUACUGCUUUUUCCAUCUACCUCUUACAAAACCAAUUAACCAACGCAUUGUCUUUAGCCAUUAGAUUAGAUGACGAGGAAUUGAUUAGGAAUGUUUUUGAGGCAACCGACGAUGAAAUUGUUCAGCAGCAGUUAGGAUUUAUCCUUGGACGUCAAAAUUCAUGCUUCAAAAUUGAUAAUGAGAAGGUACAGCAAUGUAUAUCCAACGUCAAAAUAAGUGAAUAUUUCAAAUAUUUGACUAAGGAGCUGAACUUGUUGACUCCCAAAGUUCCAGAAGACAUCUACAGAAGUCACUUAGAGUCUUCGCCAACAUCUAUAAUGAACUCUUCAAUGGAAAGCGCUCAUCAGAAUUUGGCAUCUGCAUUCGUUAACUCAUUUGUCAAUGCCGGUUACGGUUCUGAAAAAGUGGUACAAGAAGAUCAAUGGAUCUACAAGACUAAAGGUACAGGCAUGCUUUCUACUACCGCAUCUCUUGGUCUGAUCAACCUUUGGGACAAUACCGAAGGACUUCAGAAAUUGGAUGAGUAUCUUUACAAUGAACAGUCUGAAAUAAAAGCUGGAGCACUGUUAGGUAUGGCUCUUUCUUCGACAAGUGUGCACGAUGAGGUUGAAAGUGCUUUGCUGAUUCUUCAAGAUUAUCUAAGUGGAACCGAAAAGAACGUCUCCAUUAUCACCAGUGUUAUCACCGGGUUGGGAAUCAGUUUUGCUGGCAGUGAGGAUGAAACUGUGCUUAAUCUACUCUUGCCAUUAAUCAGUGACACUGACAUUUCGUUAGAGGUCAGUUCUCUUGCUGCUUUAGCUCUUGGACACGUAUUUGUGGGAACUUGUAAUGGCGAUAUCUCUUCAACCAUAUUGCAGACUCUUUUAGAACGUGAAUCUAGUGAAUUGACUUCAAAAUGGAUUCGAUUCAUGUCACUGGGUCUAGGUUUACUAUACAUGAGUAAAUAUGACCAAGCGGACGAUGUUUUGGAGACCAUUGAAGCUAUCGAGCAUCCAAUUGUAAAAACCUUGAAAGUGAUUGUGACGGUUUGUUCGUAUGCUGGAACUGGUAAUGUUUUACAAAUUCAAGCACUUUUACAAAUGUGCACUGUUAAGCCACACCAAGAUGAAGCAGAAGAAGAUGAGGAGAAAGAUGGCGAGAAAGGAAAAGAAUCGGAAAACGAUAAAGAUAAGGAAGACAUAGAUAAUACCACCACACCGGAAAACGAAUCCUAUCAAGCAUACGCUGUUCUAGGUUUGGCUUUAAUUGCAAUGGGUGAAGAAAUCGGACAAGAAAUGUCUCUUCGCCACUUCGGCCAUUUAAUGCAUUAUGGUAACUCUAUGAUCCGCAGAGCAGUUCCUUUGGCUAUGGGUUUGGUCAGCUCGUCUAACCCUCAAAUGAAGGUGUUUGAUACUUUAUCAAGAUACUCACAUGACCAGGAUCUGGAUGUUGCUAUUAACUCCAUUUUCAGCAUGGGAUUGGUUGGUGCUGGUACCAACAAUGCAAGAUUGGCUCAACUUUUAAGACAGCUUGCUUCCUACUACUCUAAGGACAGAGACUCUUUGUUUAUUGUGAGAAUAGCCCAAGGUUUGGUAAGUUUGGGUAAAGGUACUAUGACCAUCAGUCCAUUCAAUACUGAUAGAGCCAUUUUGUCCAAGGUUUCUUUGGCAAGCAUCUUAACGGUUGCAGUGACUUUGUUGGAUCCCAAAUCGUUUAUUCUCGACAACAAUUCCGCGCUAUUGUACUACUUGGCUCCGUCGAUCAAACCAAGAAUGUUAGUCACUGUUGACGAAGAGUUGAACCCUAUAAAGGUCAACGUAAGGGUUGGACAAGCUGUUGAUGUUGUGGGACAAGCCGGUAGACCCAAGACAAUUACUGGUUGGGUGACACAUUCGACUCCGGUCUUGUUGGGACACGGAGAGAGAGCUGAGUUGGAAACUGAUGAAUAUCUCAGUUUGGCCACUGCUCUAGAAGGUAUCGUGAUACUGCGUAAGAAUCCUGACUUUGUAGAAGAAGAUUAG